AUGAUCUUCAACCAGCUUCCAUUUGAAGCAAAGGUUGCUGCUGCUGCUGGAGCUAUCUUUUUCUCCAUGUUAAUAUCACAAAUAUAUCUGACUGAAAAUAUUGAGGUGACAAGAUUGAGAUGGCUACUGAAGUUGCAGAUGGUGUUCUUUAUUAAUGUCUUAAUAGUCAUAGGAGCCCGUCACAAAUGAAGAAAUAUAGUGAUUGUGUUCUACAACUUUCUCCUUCGUUUUAUGAAAAACACUAUUGUUCAUGUCGUCAUUUUGCCAUACUCAAGUUUUUUCACACCAUCAUUUCUUAUUGCAAAAGAGCCUUAUUUUUCCCCCUUAACAGCAUUUAUUUAUCUUGGAAGCUACAUCAUUCUUAUUUUCUUUCUCUUCAUUGUUGGUUCUUUUAAAUAGCUUUUUAAGCUCAUGAGUCAAAGAAAUGCAAAAUUAGGUAGUAUCAGUAAAAUUGGUAAAUUGGGAAGGAAUCUAGCAGCUACUGUAGCUGUAGGAUUGACUGUUAUUGGACUCAUCAAUGCUCCCCAACCUUGUGCAAUAAAAUCAAUAGCAAUUACUAUUCAUAAAUUACCUUUGUCCAUGAAUAAUCUUAAAAGAACUUUGCUUUCUGAUAUUCCUUUGGGGCCAACCAUUGGAAAAACUAAUCUCCAGAUGAUUGUAAAAAUAGUUAAAACUUUAAAACCAAGUUUCACUGUGAUUGUUGGUGAUCAGACAGAUUCUGAGGUGAAAAGCCUUGUCCAUGAUAUGGAACUGCUUGGCCAUCUUGAUUCCCCAUUGGAGGCUUAUUUUGUCACAGGGAAUCAUGAAUGCUAUAUCUGGUUUGAAUGUCUAAAGUCACUCAAUAGUCACAAUGAGCAUGUGAAGAUCACGCCCUACAAAGACAGCAAUAUUAACUGGUUUUGUCUGGCUGGGGUUGAUGAUAUUGAAACAAAUGUGUUACAUAACAUCGACCAUGGAGUGAAUUAAAAAGUAUUAGAAGGCUGUAGUACCGACCAUGCCUAUCAGCUGCUUGCUGCAAAACAGGCUCUUCAAGAUAGUCAGAUAAGUUUGGUUUUGUCUGGGCACAAACACGGAGGAAAAAUAUUUCCUCUGCAUAUUGAUGUUUAUUAUUUAUCUGUUUUUUGUUCGUUUAUAUAA